CUGCGUGUGCUCCAAAACGUCUGCGACGACCGCCUGAUGCAGACGACACCGCCACUUCACAUGUCUACGUCACGGACACGUGGUCGCGAAGCACUGAGAGGAAGCAUAGAGCAAGCGUUCUUUAUCUCUAUGACGUCGUUUGUCAUCGAUGAGCUCAUCCAAACGAGGUCUCGGCUCUCUGUAAAGUCUCACAUAUUGACCGUUUGAUGCUCCAUUGUAGCGCGCGGGUGAAAGCGCCUUCUGCGUGCGGAGAAACCGAAGUUUUUGUUUCUUUUUUUACCCACUCGACGCUGCGUAAAGGGCGGCAUGACGAGCUCGAGCCGGAUGCGCUGAGCACGCCUUGAGUGUCACAGUGACUCAGGAGUCGGUCAGUUGAUGGUGCUAUGCAGUGUCGUCCUGGAGCAUGGCUGCAAUGAAAAUUUUAGCUGGAAGAGGAUACCAGGACUGUGGAGUUAUUGGAAUGGGAUCAUACUCUAAAGUGAGGAAAGUCGUCAAAGACGGCGUUGCGUAUGCUUGCAAAGUGGUCAAGAAGAACGAUGAAGACGAAGAGUACUGGAGUAAAUUUGUUCCCAGGGAGCUCCGCAUACUCCGAAAGAUCCGGCACCAUCACAUCGCCAAAGUUUACGAGAUCAUAGAAGAGCCACGGAGAGUUUGUAUCGUCAUGGAACUGGCAAAGGAAGACCUCUGGGACAAAUUGCAGAACGAAGGACAUCUGUCGGAAGCACGUGCACACGAGCUGUUCAUGCAGAUGACGUGCGGCAUAGCCUACUUGCACAGGAACGAUGUCGCACACAGAGACCUGAAACCCGAGAAUGUGCUUCUAACUACAGAUGGCAAGGCGAAGCUCACGGACUUCGGCUACGGGAGGUUUUGCACAUCUAAGAGAACGGGGCGUAAGGUAUUGAGCAGCACUUUCUGCGGCGGCGGACCCUGCACCGCUCCAGAGAUACUGCAGGACAUUCCUUAUGAGCCCAAGAUGGUGGACAUGUGGGGAUUAGGCGUCUUGCUCCACCUUAUGGUAACCGCAGAAUUUCCGUUCGGAGAGGAAGAUCUUCCACGCCAGAUUGAGCUGCAGCUGUCUAGAUCUAUCCACUUCCCGAAGGAAAUCACGCUCGCCGAUCACUUGGUGCACCUUAUUAGUCUUCUUCUGGAACCCGUCGUUGCGAGGCGCGCGACGAUUGAUGUCCUCAUCAAACAUCCUUGGGUUAAUAAGUUUCCUAGCGGCCACUUAAGCCUCAAGUCCGAACUGGAAGCCAAGCACAAGACAUCAUCGCAGCACCAUCAGCACGACAGUGGUCAUUCACAGCUCCCAAGCGGUACCAGCAGUGCUACAAACGGCACCAGGAGAUAGCUGCUACUGAAUUAAACGUCCCCAACGUCUG